GCUCUUUAUUUGUGUAUGCAUCGUAGUGAAUGAACUGCUCACGCUUUAUUCUAACUAACUGCUGUCUAAAUUGGACUGGCUGUGAGUUAUAGCCCCUCAUGCAUUUGAUGUGUGAUGCUGCUCGCCUGAUAUAGUGCAGGGUCUGUGCUUUGCUGGGAGCAGGGGCCCUAUGUAAAAAAAAAAAAAAAAAAGAAAAGAAAAGAAAAGAAAGAAAAACAGUGAGUGUGUUUUCUGACCGCCAGAGAGGACACAGAGGCAGACAGUGGAAAUAUGUGACAUGAAUAAUAUGGGGAAGGAGAAGCAGUGACCGUCAUCUCUGGCUGGCUUGCGUCAGUGUGUGUGUGUGUGUGUGUGUGUGUGUGUGUGUGUGUGUGUGUGUGUGCACAGAGGGUGCGGGGGGAAGAGGAUAGAAAAAACUCAAGAGAGACAAGGAGGAAAGCCACACCUGUGCCAGGCCUGUCUUAUAAAUAAAGCAGCAAGAGACAUAUGCACAAUCACAUUCAGCCAGAGUCCUUUCCUGCUCCCAUAAUGAUGCAGAGCUAUGCUGACUGCUGACUACUUCACUUGGCUGAUCUGAGAAGGAGGCUUGAGUGUUGACUGUGUUGCUUCCCAUCAAGGCAGAGUCUAACAGGAGGGAUCCCACUGGUCUAUCUGGGCUGAGUAUUGAUCUUCUUCAAAUAGGGGGAGGGGCUUUUUGUUUGUUGUUGUUUUUUGCUCAGAGAUAAACAGUGCACCCCCUUCUAAUAAGGAAAAAAAAAAAGAUGACUGGGACUCUAUUGUGUCUUGUUCUAGUUUGUCAGUGAGCACUUUAGCCCAGAUUGGUGAGCCUCCUCCUUCUCGAGGCCGUCCGGCAGCGUCUUGCAGCGUUACGAAAGCUCACCCCCCCCCUCCUCCCACCCCCAGCCUACCAUCCAUCCACACGUGCGCCCGCCACCUGUUUCUGUUCCCUGGCAGGCUUUAAAAGCAUACUUUUUGGAUAUGGUUUGACCUUUCUCGCAUUGUUUCUCGGCGCACGCAUGUGAGAAACUUGGCUCGGGAGCCGCUUCUCUCCAAAGGCGGGCGUACAUUGUGUGCAGAGCAGGAGGAGGGCUUUGAUAUAAUCAAUAUCAGAUUUCAGCUGUUUCACUGCGAGGCUCUCAUCCUGAGUGGCAGACUUGACUGACUUCUUACUGCUUAUGCAAUCCCACUCCCUUCCUCCUCCUUUUGCACCCACUCUCUAACCCAUUACUCUCCCCCCUUAUCUGUCUGGUCUUCCUCUAAUUCUCCAUUCCUUCACCUUUUUCCUCCCAUCUUGCCUCCUCCUCCUCCUCUGGUUUUCACUCAUCCCUUCAUCUCUCUCCUCUCCCCCCCCCUCCUGUUAUAAUCACCUCUGUGAUUGCUCUUCCUCUCUCAGGCGGUGAUGUUUUCACUGCUGCCUUCUUUUCUAACCCGCCGAUGCCAGAUUAUUGCUGGAUGAUUACAGCUACCAUACCAUCAUGAUCAUUAUUGCAUUCCGAGUGCCAGUGUUCAACACUGUAUGAGCAGAUCGAGAUGCUUUAUCCAAUUUAGAUCUCAUUAAGGCUUGAGAGGAAAUAUUCCAGUGCAAGACUCUGCGUUCUCAGCUGUUUUCCGUCUUUGUUUUGUUGUUGCUUUCUGUCCAACUUCUGCGAAAUUGUUCGUUUUCCCUCCUCGCAGUGAUCCCAUGCAGACUGGGAGGGCCUGGGAGUGAUUUCAAGGUGUGGAUGUAGAUAGAAUAGGAAGAUAGAACAUUAAAUUUGAACAUUGAUUCAGUCCAUCCAUCCACAUGGUGAUCGAUUGCAUUUAAAAAAAAAAAAAAAAAAUUAUUUUUGUGUAAAACGCCUCAAGACGACAUUUGUCGUCAUUUGGCAAAAUGUAAAUGAACCAAAUUCAGCAGAAUUGAAUUGAUUCCUUCGGAAAUGAUCUCUGCUGCUCUGAGUCUGGCCAAAACAGUGCAGAAUUUGGACGUGAAAGACGUGUGGUAAUCCUGCUCUUAUUACAUCAGCAGCGCUAUCAGCAUCAGCUCGUGCUCCUGCCUGUCACCGUGACGCCUCUACAUCAACUCGCUUUUGAGAAAAGAAAAAAAAAAAAAAAAAAAAUUCCAAGAGUUUUGAUUUGCAGCGGUGCUUCAGCUCCACUGUCAUUAUCACAAUAAUGACUGUGACAGGCCUUGAUGGCUGUUGAUAACCCAACAUAUUUUUGCUGAUUGAUAAUCUCGGGUAGUUUGCGCCUCGCCCCCCCCACUCCCCCUCUGUGUUCCCUGAUUGCCAUUCAUCCCAUUAAAUGGAGCAGUUCAUUAGACAGAGGUAUUAUGAAUCUGAUUUGCAUUUACUCAUAUUCAUAUCGCAUACAUUAAAACAACACACGUGUGACAUUUCAGCUUUGCCGGCCAUUUGAGAAUACAGAUGAAUAUAUUCAUCCCAGCUGUUAUUUAUUUUUUCGUCCCCUACUUGUCCGAAAAGCCACUCUGAACGCGGUGAAAUGUGAUUCACAGUGAGAUAAAGGCCCGAUGCCGCGCCGUAGCCCCAGGCUGCUGAGCUGAAAGGGGAGAAGCAGCAGGAUGCAGUGGGUCACUCUGGUGGUGGCCCUGGGGUGCGCGCGCCUGUCCCAGGCGUCGCGCGGCCCCACCCCCACACCCACCUCCACACACACCCCUCUGGUGGACAACUCGGAGGAGGAAGUGGACGAGCCGUGCUUCGAGCCGUGCACGUGCGAGGUCAAAGAGGGCGUGCUGCACGUGCACUGCGACGGGCGGGGCUUCACCAACGCCAGCCAGGUGUCACAGUCAUGGAUCCGCCCUUUCAAACUCAACCUCCAGAGGAACUCUUUCAGACGUCUCUAUAGCAACGGGUUUCAGCACCUUGGCAACGCGGUGUCGAUGAACCUCGGCAACAAUGCACUCCAGGACAUCCGAGUGGGGGCCUUUAACGGGCUGGCCAAACUCAAGCGCCUGUACCUCCACGAGAACAAGCUGGAGGUCUUCAGAAACGACACGUUCGCCGGUUUAGAGGCCCUGGAAUACCUCCAGGCCGACUACAACGUGAUCAAACGGAUCGACAGCGGUGCUCUGAGGUUUCUCUACAAGCUUCGGGUUCUCAUACUGAAUGACAAUCUGAUCCCCGUCCUGCCCGCUCAUCUGUUCAGAUCUGUGUCUCUGACUCAUUUGGACCUACGGGGAAACCGUCUGAAGAGCUUAGCAAAAGACGGGACGCUGCAGUACAUCGGCCGCUCCCUGAUGGAGCUGCAGCUGGAGGAGAAUCCCUGGAACUGCAGCUGCGAGGCGGUGGAGCUCCUGCAGUGGCUGGGUCAGAUCCCCUACACGGCUGUUGUCGGGGAUGUUACCUGCGAAUACCCGUUUCAUCUUCACGGGAAGGACUUGAGGGAAAUCCCCCGCAAAGAGCUGUGUGCUGACCUGCCGGAUAAAGAGCACCAGGGAGAGAGAGGCGCUCCAUCAGCGGGAUCCCAGCCCCAGCCUCUGCCCCCAAACUCUAAACACAACUCCCAUCCCGGGAGAGCCAGGCCGACGAGGCCAUCGUCGAUGGUGCACGGCUCCCGGCAGAACACUCUCGCGUCCUCCACUUCGUCCCCCUACACUUCAGCGGAGCGUAAAGAGAGGGAGAAGCAGCUGAAGCCAACUAAAAGGCCUCGAUCCUCCAACCGAACGCCGCCCACCGCUCGCAGCCUGAUGCCCAACCAGAACCCCCCCGUGGCGGGCUACCAGACGCGGCCGCCCAUACCCAUCAUCUGCCCCAUCCGUUGCACCUGCAAUCUGCACAUCGCCGACCUGGGCCAAACCCUCAACUGCAAAGAGAACGGUUUCCGCAACAUGUCCCAGCUCAUACCGCGGCCCCUCAACGGCCGAAAGCUCUUCCUGGGAGGGAACUUCAUCCAAAAGCUCGUCCGCUCCGACUUCUGGAACUUCUCCAGCCUCGAUCUGAUUCACUUCGGGAACAACCGCAUCAGUUUCAUCCAGGAGGGCGCCUUCUCCAGCCUAGUGAACCUGAGGACCCUCCACCUGAAUGAGAACGAGCUGGACAGGUUGAGCCCUCACAUGUUCCUGGGACUCCAGAACCUGAGGUUCCUUUACUUGGAGAACAACAAGAUCGGUGUGGUAGAUCCCGGCACCUUUGACUCCAUGCCGUCCCUUGAGUUGCUGUUUCUCAACUACAACGCUUUGCGGAGCCUCCCUGUCGGUGUAUUCUAUGGAGUCAAGCUGUCUCGUCUCAACCUGAGAAACAACGUCUUCCAGCAUCUGCCGGUGGAGGGUGUGCUGGAACACCUCAGAGGACUGGUGCAGGUUGGUGGAAAUCCAUAUUUUACUUAUUAUAACCAUUGAUUACUACAG